AUAUUAUAAUCGACGGUGUGUCGUGUGUGCGCAGCUGCAGAUGGUGUUUUUUAGCCGCACGCAUGCAACCACUGUUAUCAUACGGAACCGACGACGACGGGCCCGGCUGAUUUGAAAUUUUUUUUUAUCGUUGCGGUUUAAACGCGUACAGGAAAUAAUAUUACAAUAUGACGUAUAUUAUUAUUAUUAUUAUUAUUAUAUUUUUCGUUUCUACGGUCUCGGAUUUUAUCGAGUGCGUCGAAUUCGCGACGGUUUCAAAGGCUGCGUAGUGCGUACUCUAUAUAGGCAUACUCGCGUUGCCCACAAAAAAGGUAAAUCAGACGGAUAUGCAAUUCAACAGGCACAAUAUAUGCUGAUCGUUGGCUAUAUGCUGUACGCCUACAUACAUUUUGACGGUCUCGGCUUGGGUGUUUUCGGUUUUGCGAACGAAUCGUUCGGUAUCAUUCUAGGGUUAAUAAAUUCUUAAGUUUUCGAUCAUGGUUUUUUAAGCCAUCGGUUUUAAAGGUACGGUAUCAGAAAGUGGAGAAACCAAUAAGAAAUGAAUUUUAUAGAUAUUACUUGAAACGUAAAAGCAAAUUAAUAAUAAGACGGUGAUAAAAAUUAACAAUACUAUAUUCUAUUAUAUUAUUAUCGUCACGAUCAAUAUACAAUAACUCGACGAGCAGAGACCUUGGCCUUCGGUCGAACCGCCGCCGCCGCCAAAGACUGCGGGACCGACACGUCCGCGUCAAUGCCACCGCAGGCGCGGAGAAAUGUUUACGAAAAUGACGAAAAAACCAAAAACAAAAAAGCAUAUCGCAAUAUGUAAUAAUAAUAUACAUAAACGCGCGAUACGAGUACGAAAUAAGAACAACAAAAUGCCGAUAUAUUGUUAUAAGUACGAAAUACUGACACGUAUGUCACGAUAGCGAUGCGUAUAUAAAUAUACAUACAUUAUAAUAUUAUAAUAUAAUUGACGGUGACGGGCCCGAUAGCGAUCGUCAAAUCUGCAAGUCGUCCGCUGGUCUUCGCGAUCCGGUGCAUAACAAUAGUGCAGUUUAACGCGGUCUCGUGCAACAUAUACACCGCUGUAACCGCGUCCCACUGCGGCGGUUACCGCACUGUAGGUAUAAGAAAUUAAGGCGAGUUUGUAUACCACGUGCGUAUAUUAUAUUAUACCUGGGUCCCGGUCGACCCGCAAUGUCCGGUUUCCACGCGGUGGCGUUGGCGAUGGCCGCAGUGGCCGCUGUGGUAUCCGGCGGCGACCAUCGGAUGGCCGGCUCGGACGCGCCGGCGGACGUGGCCGCGUACACGCUGAACGGCCAGAACAUCGAGUGGCCGUGCACGUCCACCAAGAGCGUUUACGCGGACACCGGGCGGUACGUGGCCAAGAACGUGAUCGUCACUAGGGCCCAAGUGUGGGGCGACCGGGCGUUCGUGCUCACGCCCAGGUUCCGGUCCGGCGUGCCGUUCACCGUGUCCACUGUCCGGCUGGAGUGCGAGCACAGGUGCUGGCCGGUGCUGGUGCCGUACCCGUGCUGGGCACUGCACGACGAGGGCGAUCCGAACGCCAUACAAAAUGCCGUCGACGUGUACCUGGACCCGACAGGCGUGCUGUGGGUGCUCGACAGUGGGUUGGUCAACACCAUGGAACAGCCUGUUCGCCGGACCCAGCCUAGGAUAUUUGCCAUCGACGUCAAAACCGACAAGGUAGUCAAGCAGAUCGACUUGUCGGGGCUGGUGUGCUCAGCCAGCCGGCUAAACUACAUCACGGCCGACUACGGGGAUGACGGGAGGGUGUUUGUGUACGUGUCGGACGCAGCCACGCGGGCGGUGAUCGUGUGGGAGGUGGCAGCGGACCGCGGCUAUCGGGUGGUGUUGCCGAAGGCGAUCACGCACGACUGCACCGGCCGGCGGGACGUGCUUUAUAUCGCUCUGGCGAGGGGUCUCACUGCGGGCGGCGGCGCCCUGUACCUGACGUACCUGACCAGCAACCGGAUGUACAAGAUUGACGCGUGCAACCUGCGGCAGGGGUGCUCGGAGGGCACCGUCGUCGACCUGGGCCCGAAGCCCGACAAGAUGGUCGUCCUGGGCACGGACGGCCGGACCACCGUGUACUUCCGGUACCGGGGCCAGGGCGACGUGUACGCUUGGGACACAGACCGGCCCGACGACGGCACGUCGUUCGGCCCCGACAGGUUCGCGCUGGUCCGGAAGGCCGACGACUGCGGCCGGUUGGCCACGCACGUGGCACCCGACAACCAAGGCGGCGUCCUCUGGAUACUCGAGAGCAACUUCCCGGACUACAUUUCCGGUGCGGUUGGCUGUCUGGGCACCAACGUCCGCUUGCAGCCCCUCGUCGCCCAGUGUGGCAAAUAAUGCGGAUGUCAGCGGCUACCGAACGACUUCCUGCUGCAGCCACGAAACGUCCAGUUUUUAAUGUUCCGGUUAAACAUUUCACUGAACACUCAGUGUCUCCGUGCGUUUGUAUCUGUAAGAAAUGACAUAUUCUUCGAUUAUAAGCAGCCAUUGCCGUGUUAAAAUAUCUGCAUAACUGUUGUGAUUCAUACAUAAUAUUUUUUGUGUCGUCAGACUCGAAUAGUUUUCAUUUUCGUUUUGGUAUUUUUUUUAAAUAUCCGCUAUAGCUCGCGCAUAUUUAGUAGAGCUGAUUUAUGUAAAAUCUAAAUAUAUUAAAGGUUGAAUAUUAUCGAUUCGCAUUAAGUAUGUUAGUAAUGUAAGUCGUUAAACUUUAGUGAGAAGGAAAGGUAUAGAAGACAAGUGGGAGACGCCCUCUGUAUUUAUUCUUUACCCACAGCCCACAGGUCACAUAAUAUAAUAUUUAAUGUUUUGUCCAGGUGUAUCCUUGUAAAUGGUAUUAAUAUAAGGCACGUGCUGAAUAUUUUAUCAUAACCUAAUUGAUUAAUUAUAAUAUUUAUUAUGUAUAUAACAUAUUUAUUCAAAAUAUAUUUUAAAACAGAAUUCAACUUUCACGGCGUGAUCUAGUUGUCAAAAAAUAUAAAUUAAGCAGGUGUUCAAUUUAAGUAUAGAUUAAGUACAAGAUAUAUUAAGUAGUAUUGUAACUUUUACAAAAAAUAAAUACAUGUAUAUUGUAUAAUA